AUGCCUUCAUUGCGUUAUGUUUUGAGGCUAUUCCGCACGGCAUUGUGGGACCUCUGCUUCCCGGAUGAAGUCACGUUGUACAUUGAUCCCAUUAUUCGUUUUAUCUUUACGGUUUACCAUCUUCCCCCAAUUGCACUUGUCUUGGCGAUCACACACAGUGAACUUGAGCGUAUUGUCUGGGUGCUUAUCGUCCCCGUUGCGCAGGAGAUGGAAAAACAACCGUAUGAUUCUUCACGUAUGACGACGUUUAUACUUGGAAUAUAUCAUAUUUUUCUUCAAAUUUUACCCUACGCGACGCUGGGAGUGGCUGUUGCUACAUUUGGCCAUAAAGUUCUUCACUGUUUUUUGGAGGCGAUGGUGGAUGCACAUUCUACACACCACGGCAAGGAUUAUCCGCUGCUUGCGACCAGACUAAGAUUUAUCAUGGAAUACAGGCAAAGGUAUUAUGUCUUUCUUGUUAUCAUGUUUCUCCUUGUCACAGUGGUGCUCUCAGGAUUGCAUACCAGCCUUUUUGUGGCAUGGCCGGCACGUGAGCCGUGGACAGUUAGUAGUGCAUGGUGCAUCAUUGCUAUGCAAACCAUCUUUGUAAUAGGCUCUGGACUCAGUCACAAGGCGUUACCUCCUCAUCCGUUUCAUUGGCGACGCAUUAUGGGGAUUGGAGACGGCAAACUUGCCAAGUUUUUUUGUGAUACUUGGUGGAAAUCGUACGUGCAUUAUAUGCGUUACAUUGCAAUUGAAAUGGCUGUCUUACUUGCCUCUAUAACCCUCUUCUUUCGUGGCCCUCUGUACGUUCUUUCAUCCUUGGUGGAGCUUGUUAUGUAUUUAAAUAUGCCCCAUCUUGUGGGGCACACAGUGAUGUCCAUGUCAACUGCCAUUAUUAAUAUGCAACGUUCAUUGCAUUGGUUAAAACGGCAUUCUGACGCCACUCUUCCUGUCAUGCUUCUUACCUCUCCGUGUCAAUUGUCAUUGGUUCAAGCGAUUUAUUACUUUCGUAAUCAUCAUUUGACAGUUGCAUUACUUAUUGGGGUAAAUGUUAUUCUUAUUGCACGUGUAAUUGAUCUAGUACGGGAGUUUGAUGUGUCAGAGGCGGGAUCUGUGCAUUGGAAAUACGUAGGUAAGGAUGGUCUUAUUCCCCCACAGCUUUCUACUCUCUUGGAAGAUGUAUAUGAAACUAAACUGCCUCAGUUGGAAGUGGUAACACUUGAUCUAUUGAUAGAUAUCAAAGACAUGAAACUCCACCGUGAUGAGGAGUUGGUGGACCUUGAACGAAAGCAGAUUGUUGAAUAUGGAAGUGCUCAGAGUUUUCUUUACAAUGGCCGUUUCUACGCCUAUACCGUUCCUCGAUUAAUUUCUGCACAAAGUUCUGGGCUCUUUGGUGGAGUGCAGUUUCGCAGAGUGUAUGUUUUGCUUCGCAUGAUUACAAGUUGUUGUUUGCUGGCCUUUGCAGCCCUUGUGUGUGGUCUGCUUUUUCAAGCGGCCUUUCCACAGCUUCGCCCGUGGCCGGUUCGCGUCCACGCCUCAGAGGAUGGCAGUGCAUUGACAGUGGACCACAUUGUGGUACGUAUGCACUUUCUUUCCAGUCAAGCUAAUGUGACACCAAAUUUGCCUCUUACAUCACCUGUUACAGCGUCUGCCUCUGCUGCAUUUGAAUGGAGGAAUACCACCUCCCUAGGUGAGGACUGGUACCCAUCAUUGUGUGCGAGGACUUUUUAUAACAUUUCAAUCUGGGAAAUCUCAUUGCUCGCGCUGACCUCGUAUCUCUUCAACGAUGAUGAGGUGAGUGAGAUGCUAAAUUUCAUGUCAAUGCAUAUGGGUAGCGACUGGGUUGUUCGCGAGCGUCACGGAACAGAUUGUAUCACGCUUGAUUCAUUCACAGAGCCUACAGGGUGGGAUGGAUAUUAUGAUUUUUAUAGUUCCAAACACGAUCUUUCUGUCAUUGCAAUUCGCGGAACUGACAUGACGUCAUUCCGAGAUUUUCUUAUUGAUGUAAAUGUUUUUUUUGAUGUUGUUCUCUACCAUCUACUUUCAAAUAUUGUUCCAGGAGCCGUCAUUCUGCCUUCAGAACUCAUUGCCGAUCUUAUUCGCUUGGCGUCUCUUCCCGCAACCACGAACCGAGAACAUGAGACAUGGAAAACUUUGACUGCCAGCCAAAACAAGGGUCCUCGCCUUUGUGAAACGAAUAACUACCGAAGAGAUUUUUUUGUUGACGUUUACAACCAUCUCGGAUUUGUGGGAAACCAGCCAAAUCCACCGAAACACGUUCUUCUUACAGGUCAUUCCUUGGGUGGUGCGGUUGCCUCCGUAAUUGGGUCGCGGAUGGGCAUUCACGCUGUCAGCUUCAGCGCUCCUGGUAUUUCCCUCUCACGCAAAAAGUUUGGUCUUGAACUCCAGAACAUUCAUCAUUUUGUGACAAGAGUCACUUCUUCACAUGACAUCUUCCCUAUGAUUGGGGGCACAGGGGGGGAGGAGCAUCAUGUUGAGUGCCUGGCAAAGACGCGGGAGCUUUGCCACGCUAUGGAAUUUCUCGUGGGAACUUUGUGGCGAUCAUGUGGCUCCAUUAGAGCACGUUACCCUUCGAUUCAGUCGGUUCUUUAG